AUGGUUGUUGUUGGACAGUGGUUGUUGUUUGACGGUGGUUGUUGUUGGAUGGUGGUUGUUGUUGGACGGUGGUUGUUGGACGGUGGUUGUUAUUGGACGGUGGUUGUUGUUGGAUGGUGGUUGUUGGACGGUGGUUGUUGUUGGAUGGUUGUUGUUGGGCGGUGGUUGUUGUUGGACGAUGGUUGUUGUUGGACGGUUGUUGUUAUUGGACGGUGGUUGUUAUUGGACGGUGGUUGUUAUUGGACGGUGGUUGUUGUUGGAUGGUGGUUGUUGUUGGACGGUGGCUGGUGUUGGACGAUGGUUGUUGUUGGACGGUGGUUGUUGUUGGAUGGUUGUUGUUGGAUGGUGGUUGUUGGACGGUGGUUGUUGUUGGAUGGUGGUUGUUGUUGGAUGGUGGUUGUUGUUGGACGGUGCUUGUUGGACGGUGGUUGUUGUUGGAUGGUGGUUGUUGUUGGACGGUGGUUGUUGGACGGUGGUUGUUGUUGGAUGGUUGUUGUUGGACAGUGGUUGGUUUUGGACGAUGGUUGUUGUUGGACGGUGGUUGUUGUUGGACGGUGGUUGUUGUUGGAUGGUGGUUGUUGGAUGGUGGUUGUUGUUGGAUGGUUGUUGUUGGACGGUGGUUGUUGUUGGAUGGUGGUUGUUGGACGGUGGUUGUUGUUGGUGGUUGUUGUUGGAUGGUGGUUGUUGUUGGAGGGUAGUUGUUGUUGGAUGGUGGUUGUUAGACGGUGGUUGUUGUUGAAUGGUUGUUGUUGGACGGUGGUUGUUGUUGGAUGGUGGUUGUUGGACGGUGGUUGUUGUUGGAUGGUUGUUGUUGGAUGGUGGUUGUUGUUGGAUGGUGGUUGUUGUUGGACGGUGGUUGUUGGACGGUGGUUGUUGGACGGUGGUUGUUGUUGGAUGGUUGUUGUUGGACGAUGGUUGUUGUUGGAUGGUGGUUGUUGUUGGACGGUGGUUGUUGGAGGGUGGUUGUUGUUGGAUGGUUGUUGUUGGACGAUGGUUGUUGUUGGUCGGUGGUUGUUGUUGGAUGGUGGUUGUUGGAUGGUGGUUGUUGUUGGAUGGUUGUUGUUGGAGGGUGGUUGUUGUUGGAUGGUUGUUGUUGGACGAUGGUUGUUGUUGGACGGUGGUUGUUGUUGGAUGGUGGUUGUUGAUGGAUGGUUGUUGUUGUUGGAUGGUGGUUGUUGUUGGACGGUGGUUGUUGGACGGUUGUUGUUGGACGGUUGUUGUUGGAUGGUUGUUGUUGGAUGGUUGUCGUUGGAUGGUGGUUGUUGGACGGUGGUUGUUGUUGGAUGGUGGUUGUUGUUGGAUGGUGGUUGUUGUUGGACGGUGGUUGUUGUUGGAUGGUGGUUGUUGUUGGACGGUGGUUGUUGUUGGACGGUGGUUGUUGUUGGACGGUGGUUGUUGUUGGACGGUGGUUGUUGUUGGACGGUGGUUGUUGUUGGACGGUGGUUGUUGUUGGACGGUGGUUGUUGUUGGACGGUGGUUGUUGUUGGACUGUGUGUUGUUGUUGGACGGUGGUUGUUGUUGGACGGUGGUUGUUGUUGGACGGUGGUUGUUGUUGGACGGUGGUUGUUGUUGGAUGGUGGUUGUUGGACGGUGGUUGUUGUUGGAUGGUGUGUUGGAUGGUUGUUGUUGGAUGGUUGUUGUUGGACGGUGGUUGGUUGUUGGAUGGUGGUUGUUGUUGGACGGUGGUUGUUGUUGGACGGUGGUUGUUGUUGGAUGGUGGUUGUUGGACGGUGGUUGUUGUUGGAUGGUGGUUGUUGGACGGUGGUUGUUGUUGGCGGUGGUUGUUGUUGGACGAUGGUUGUUGUUGGGGAUGGUUGUUGUUGGACGAUGGUUGUUGUUGGACGGUGGUUUUUUGUUGGUGUUGGUUGUUGUUGGAUGGUUGUUGUUGGAUGGUUGUUGUUGGACGGUGGUUGUUGUUGGAUGGUGGUUGUUGUUGGACGGUGGCUGGUGUUGGACGAUGGCCCCUGGAAGACUGGCACGUUUGUAUCGGCUCUAAAACUAGAACUCAUGGUACCAAAACCAGAGACACGUCCCUGUGAUCCCAGAGACACGUCCCUGUGA